CUCACUAUCACAUAUAUUCUCAGCGAGUGGCCCCUCCUCCCCUCCCAUCAUCCACCAUGUCGGCGCUCCCCACCACCACCCUUCUCGUCGCCAACAUGCACUGCACCUCCUGCUGCGACGCCAUCGACUCCCUCCUCGCCACCCUCCCCCCCGUCCGCAACGUCACCACCUCCCUCCUCCACCGCACAGUCACCUUCUCCGUAGACACAAGUGCCGCCCACUCCUCCUCCAAGACUCCCCCGUCUGUCCCCAGGGUCAUAAACCAGGUCGUCCACAAGCUGACCGGCGAGGGUGGCUUUGCUGUCGAGGCAGAUGGCGAAGCGGAACAUCCUCCUGCGCGAGAAGCUCCGAGUCUGCUCGGACGACUGGGACUGCAGACUCGACGCGGAAGAGAAAGAAAACGCGCCGAAGACAGGCGCAGGCGUCAUCUUGAACACUGUGAAGUCUGCCAAGCCCAAGAGCGAGAGCAAGCCGAAAGAUCUUCUCCUUUGAGUACGCCUUCCCACUCUCUUCAAGCACCGCUCGCCCCCCAAAAUGCCGCACAACACGAUGGGAUCGUCAAGACCACAUUGUCUAUCGAGGGGAUGACCUGCGCCUCGUGCACGUCUGCCAUCACCAACACGCUCAACGACAACCCCGACAUCGAGCAGGUGGAUAUAAACCUCCUCAACUCGUCCGGUGUCGUGCGCCACAAAGCCUUGUUGCCCGCUGCCGACAUUGCAGAGAUGAUUAGUGACACUGGGUAUGAGACCGAGGUCGUCGAGUCGCACAGCGAGACCUCUGUGGCCCCAUCGGCCCCUGGCUCCCAGGUCAAGACGGUUCUGUCAAUCGAGGGCAUGACUUGUGCUUCCUGCUCUUCAGCCAUCACGGACGGGCUGUCCAAGCACCCCAACGUUACAUCCGUCGAGAUCAACCUCUUGGGAUCGUCUGGCGUCGUACUGCACAACCAAUCUCUCACUCCCGACGACGUCAAGGACAUCGUUGAUGAUCUUGGUUACGACGCUCAAGUUGUCAGCUCGGAGACGGCAGUCGAGGAAAAUGGUGACGCCAAAAUCAAGUCAACUUUUGCCAUUGAAGGCAUGACAUGCGCCUCUUGCUCUAGCGCUAUCAACUCUGCGUUCAGAGGCAUGGAAGGCAUUGAAUCCUGCGACAUUGAUCUUCUCAACAACCGGGGUGUGAUCGUUCAUGCGAGCAACAUUACCGCUGGCGAUCUUGCAGAACAGAUUGAGGAUCUUGGCUAUGGCGCAGAGAUCUCCACGUCUGAGCCCGUAUCUUUCCCGAGCAAAGGCAAAGGCAAGGAGGAGACUUUGCAGAGGACCGUCAAGAUUCACGUCGAAGGACUCUUUUGCCACCAAUGCGUCUCUAAAAUCAACCACCAUCUUUCAACCCUUCCCCUCUUAUCUCACAGUGAUAUAGCACUCCAUCCGUCCAUCAUCACCGUCACUUAUGUGCCCCAUGAUCCUCUGACGAUCAGGGACAUUUUGGAAAGUUUGACAGGGCUGGCGCCAGAAUUUGAAGCGUCAGUCUUUAAAGCGCCCAGCUUGAGUGAGAGGAGUAGGGAUAUUCAGAAGAAGGAAGUCAGAAUGUUGGCAAGGCAUUUGGCAGUAGCAGUCGUCUUUGCCAUCCCGACUUUCGUCAUUGCAAUCGUGGGUAUGGUGCUCCUGAAAGGUCACGAUGCCUUCAAAAUGAAGAUGAUGGAAUCCACGUGGGGUGCGGCAAAUCUUGGUACCGUCAUACUUUGGCCCCUCGCGACUGUGGUCCAGUUUGGAGUUGGCAGGAUAUUCUACCAAAGAGCAUUUGCAUCACUGUGGCCUCACCUCAGAGGCUUACUGCCCAAGACGCUUAUCCCAAAGAACCAGAGGCGACUCCCUAAAAGACCUUUGACCUGGCGUUCUGCUUUCAGCUUUGGUAGCAUGGGUACGUCGAUCUGCGUAUGGAAAGUUUCAUCACUGAUUUCAAGCCCAGACCUACUCGUUGUACUUUCCACCACGGUCUCUUACUUUGCCUCUAUCGCCAUGCUCGCCAUCGACGUUCAAAACCCGUCUGGUACAGACAGCGUCGGCACGUACUUUGACAGCUGCGUCUUCCUGAUCAUGUUUAUCCUACUAGGCAGAACUCUGGAAGCGUAUGCGAAGAGUAGAACGACGGAUGCUGUCAGUUUAUUGGGAGGACUGAGGCCGGAUACGGCGCUGCUUGUCGGGGCGCCGACUCAAGCAUCGGUUGAGAAGGAAGAAGAGACGUCCUCAGUCGAUAGCCAUGAAACUGUCACGGGCGAAGGACUCAAAAAGGAAACUUCACACUCGACAGAUACCUCUCCCGGAUCGUCUGCCACCCCUCAAUCUCGCAAAAUUCCCAUCGAUCACCUCGAGAUUGGAGAUCUUCUCCUUCUCCCUCCAGGUUCCCUUCCUCCAACAGACGCCGUCUUGGUGUCGGGCACCACCACCUUUGACGAAUCUUCGCUCACGGGAGAGUCCAAACCCAUCCACAAGCACCCCGGAGACGAAAUAUUCACCGGUACAGUCAACUUGUCCUCGGCCGUCACUGUCCGUGUCUUGAGGCUAGGUGGAGAUACCAUGAUUGAAAAGAUCAUCCGUGCCGUUUCAGACGCUGCUUCCAGGAAAGCUCCGCUGGAAAAGCUCGCGGAAAAACUCACUGGUGUCUUUGUGCCCGUCAUUGUCUACCUCUCUCUCAUAGUGCUCGCGGUUUGGCUUCCGCUCGCGUUGACCAACACUGUCGAGCCUCAUUCUGUUGCCGGUGGCAAAGUAUUCUUUGCUCUAGAGUUUGCCAUCUCCACCCUGGUAGUCGCUUGUCCAUGUGGCAUUGGUCUCGCUGUGCCCUGUGCCAACGCCGUAGGCAACGGUGUCGCUGCCAAGGCCGGUAUCAUUGCGAGUGGUGGAGGCGAGGCAUUCCUGGGGGCUACCAAAAUCUCCAGGGUAGUAUUUGACAAGACUGGGACGUUGACGGUCGGAAGGAGUGAGGUCAUGAAUGAGGUUUGGGAGGGUGCAGCGAGUGGUAACAAGGAGAAUAGGCAGAGAAUCAUAAGGGGUGUGUUGGAGCUGGAGAGGGCAAGUACGCAUCCUCUCGCCGUGGGGAUGGUCGAGUAUCUUGAAAAGAGCCCCUUGGCCCCGAGCGGAGAAAGAGUGGAAGUCGUGGAUACGGAAGAAAUCGCCGGUAGGGGUUUGAAGGCUAGUCUUCGGAUUGGGCAGAUUUCUAUCGACCUCCUCGUUGGCAAUGUCGCUCUCAUGACCGACCACAAUGUUGCGAUCAGCGAGCAAGCCCAUGUGACAGUAUCCACUUGGUCCACUGAAGCCAAGUCGGUCAUCCUCAUCGCCAUGUCCGACUCUCCUGGAUCAUAUGCGCUCUCAGCACUCUACUCUCUCUCCGACCACCCCCGCCCAGAAGCUGCUGAAGUGAUUGCUUCCUUGAGAAAACGGGGUAUUGCUGUCAACAUGCUUUCUGGUGAUAAUGAAACCACCGCAAGGGCUGUAGGCAAAAUGAUCGGGCUUGGCGAGAACGAAGUCAAGGGCGGAGUUGGGCCAAAGGGCAAGGCGGAAACCAUCAGAAUCUUCCAGGCUGGUGAAGGGGCAAACGAGAAAAUGCAAGGAAAAGACGAGAGACGCAAAGAUGUGGUGAUGUUUAUUGGAGAUGGACUCAAUGACGCGGUGGCGCUCGCGGCUGCCGAUGUCUCUGUCGCAAUGGGUCACGGCUCUCAAGCCACACUCGCCUCGGCGGACUUUGUCCUGCUCUCCUCUUCCCUCAAUUCCCUGGUCCCCCUUCUGCGCAUCUCCCGUAAAGUCAUCAACCGCCAAAAGCUCAACCUAGGUUGGGCCAUCAUCUUCAACGUGGUCUGCUUGCCGUUCGCGGCGGGUGUGUUUUAUGGGGCGGGGAAGAUAAGAUUGACACCUGUGUGGAGUGCGGUGCUGAUGGCGUUGAGUAGUGUCAGUGUGGUGUGUAGUAGUUUGGCCAUGAGAUGGGGCUUAUAA